AUGCUGGCCAUUCUGGUCACAGUCUACGUUACCGCACUCAUUGCCAUCGGCCUACGACUUAUCGCAAAGAGUUUUGCAAAGAUAUGGAGCACAGAUGAUGCUUUGAUUGUCGCUGCCAUUUGUCCAGUGGCUACGAUGGGAUUCGGGACACAUCUUUACGACCUGCAGUCCGGACAACUGACGAAAAUAUUGCAAUUGUUAUAUGCCGCCGAGAUCGUUUACGUCUUCGUGCUUCUGUUCGCGAAACUAUCUCUGGUCACGUUCUACCUCCGCAUAUUUACGGUACCCAGGUUUCGGAUGGCGGCCUACUCUUUGAUUGCAUUCCUUGUGCUCGGACAGGUCAUUAUCGGAUUUCUGACCAUCUUCUCGUGCCAUCCGAUUGAACUCUUUUGGAACAAAGACAUUCACACCGGUGGCUGUCUCGACAUUAACCAACUGGCGUAUGCCAACUCAGCUCUCGCCAUUCUUCAGGACCUCAUCAUACUCGCCCUGCCGAUAGCAAUGCUGCCGGGCUUGCAAAUGAACAAGAACAAGAAAAUCUCCGUCGCUGUGAUCUUCCUUCUCGGCUCUGUCGGCUUCAUAUCGACCAUCAUCCGUCUCCAAGUUCUCGCGGUAUUCGGUAACUCGAUCGACCCGACGUGGGACUACGUUCCGGUGGUUUGGUGGACAACUAUCGAGCUUGGUGUCGUCAUCGUCUGCGCGUGCCUGCCCAUGAUCCGCAACCUCGUGGAGAAGUGGUUUCCCAACUUCAAGCUCUUCAAGUGGUCCUCGCCAAAGCCGUCGAAAGACAGCGUGGGAUCCUCUUCGGUCGGGACCGACGACAAAUCAUACAAGAUGGGGCGAUAUCAAAAGUUUGGCAGGAGCACCAGCCCGCCGCAGUUCAGCGACAACUACGUGCGUGAUCACAUCGGGGGGCCCCCAUCAAAGACCGACGAAAUUUCUCCGACAAAAUAUCGAGAUAUGUACGCUUACGGCGGAUCUAAGCCUAAGGUUUUGGAGGACCCCAUGUCACCACCUCAACCAUACGAUCUAUCAUGGAGGUCGACGAACCCCUACGGAAUAUCUGGCGAAAAUCCGUACGCCGUUGGAAAGACGAAUUACAGACUCAAUAUUGAAAUGUUGGAAAGAAAAGACAGGAAUUUUGAUGAGGAGCUUCCUGACAUUCCUGAGCAUCCUGAACAAACUGAGGUGGAGUACUACGGUCAAGCAAUUACGACGGGGGAGCACCCACAACCAUCGCGAUGUUCUCAUUGCGGGAGAUCACGCUGCGGCGACAUAUGA